AUGGAAGCUACACAUUUACAUUCGUUUCAAUUAAUCUUGAAGGCUUAUGCACAUCUUGAAGGCUUUCAUUACCUCAAAACAUUAAAUGUGCACAUAUGUGACUUAUGCUUGAGUGGAAAAGUGACACAUAAACAACAACAAAAAGCAGAAGAUGAAGUGCGUAUCAAGAAGAGAAGGAAAAAGACAUCAAACUGCAUCAUUGAUAGUUGUCCCUCAUGGAUAAGUGCACACAAGAUCCUUGAACAACAAAGCAAAACUGUCUUAAAUGAUUACAAAUGCAAGCUAUGA